GCUCGAAAUUUGACAGAGAAAUUGAAUUUUAUCAUACCUGUUAAACCUAUAUUGUUCCAUAAAAAUGGAACAAGAUAAUUUCUACAAGUCAUUAAAUCGUGUGCUAACAUUGUUGAUUGAUAAUAAGCUUCGAGAAGACAUUGACGAUACUUUGUUGGAAAAACUUUUAAAUGUAUUGAAAGAGGGCAUGUCAAUUGAAAGUUUUAUUUAUGAUCUGCAGAAAAAUACCAAAACUUUAAUUCUAUUUGACAAAGCUCUUUCUGAUCUAAUCAAGGAAAGAAAAAAACUCUCGUCAGCCAUAACAGUAUUCUCUUUAAAGCUCUUUGGUUAUUUGCUUCAAAAUAAGAAUAUAUUUAUGGAACUUAAAAAUUCUCAAGUCAUUAAUGAUUUAGCAAUUAUACCAAAGUAUAAUAUAUUUAUUACUUGUUCACCAUCUAUUCAAGAUGCCCUUAUUACAAUGUUGAUGUCUAUAGCAACACAUAGCGAGGGAGCUUUGUGGCUAAUUGAACAAAAGUUCAUAGAAUUUGUAUUUUCAAGUUAUUCUUCAACAAGUUAUUAUGUAAAGAAAACUAGUUCUAAGUUUCUCUACUCAGUAGUUGUGUUAUGGUCAACUCCUGAAUUUUCUGUAUCUUUGGAAGAACAACAAAAGGAUGUUCUGAUAAACACCAUCCAAGACAUUAUGACAAAACUUAUUUCUGGUAUUCAACCACCCAAUGACAAAGAAACUGAAAAUUUUUGUAACUACUGUGUUUCAACUUUAAAGCAAAUAUCUUUAAGUGAAGCAAAGUUACCGAGUAUGCAUUUGCCUCUUAUCAAUGCAAUACUUCAUUACUUUAAAAAUAUGGACACAAACAACAAAAUUAAUCAAGAUGCAGCAGAACUUUUUUGUAUUGUAGAAAAGAGGUAUCAUUCUGAUAUAACAGUUAUUCGACAAAUAAUGCAUGUACUUGUAGAAAAAAGGAAGCUUACUGAUGCAUUUUAUCUUGCCUCAUCCUUUCUUAGUGCAGAACAGCACCUUAGGCUAUUUUCUGAUCCUAGACUUAGUUUCUUUUUGAUGCCAUUUACCAUUUUGGAAGAUAACAUACCUCCUAACUAUGAGGAAGAGAUUUUCCUUUUAUCUUCAGAUACAUUGUACAGAAUUUUAGUAGAACAAAUGAAGACAAAAUCUCAGGGUGUGUCCCUUAUAAUAUCAUCUCUUGCAGCUCUGUCAAAGCUGGCACCUUUCAUAGGGAAAAAACUAAUUGAAUCUAUCAUAAUCUCAGUGGGAGUAAUUUUUCUGCAAGACCCAGAGGAUGAGAAAAGACACUAUUUGUCUUGUUUAUGUUUGGAAGAUAGGAAAAUUUGUUUGGCUUUUUUAAAAUUAUUUUCAUCUCUCCUCUCAAAAGAAGCUUACAAAUGUAUGACUGAUCAAAGUAAGAUGUUGUUGUUUAAAUAUUUCAUCAAGAUUCUGCAAAAUCCUACAACUGAUUGCAAUAUAGUCUCGGAAGCUUUACUCCUCCUGAAAUCUUAUAUUGGUUUGAAUGCCGAGCAUAAGUUUGAGGUUAACUCUGUACUAAAGGGUGAAAUUGUAGCACUUAUUUGUAGAAAACUCUAUGGAAAUAAGGAACCUAUUGUUGACAGUGCCUUACACAUUGCUGGAGAAAUAAUGAAUGGUGAAGAUCACCAGUUAUGGAUGGAAUUAGUCAUGCAGAAUUCUCUGCACACAAUUGUAUGGGACAUAGCCAUUGAAAGUAAUCAUGAUGGCAUCAUAAAAGCAUCAGCUUUAUCUGUAAUCACUGUAGCUUGCUCCCGGCCAUACUAUUUUGAUAGCAUCUACUCUGCGAAAGGUGUUUCAAAAGUUGACCUGAUGAAUAUCCUGUGUAAUUAUGUUCUGGAUGAUGAUUUCUUUAUCCAGAGGGAAGCCAUUUUAUGUGCAAGCCGAUGGAUGCAAUUGAAUCAUAUCAUUCUGCCUGCAUCCUGUAAAGAUAACUUGUACUUAAUUUUUUCAUCUGCCAUCAGAAGUUUAGAUUUAGACCUAAAACUUGCUGCUUUAAAAGAAUGGCAGUGUUUCAUAGAGAAUGAAACAUUUUUCCCUCCUAUAUCUGAAACUGACAUUAACGAGUGCCUGACAGAAUACUGCUCCUCCGGGUUCGGAUCAUCAUUGUUAUAUGCCAUCGAAGAUUACGAUGAAGCCGUGAAGUACGAAGCAGCUAGAAUGAUGCUUAAAUUGAGACAGAAGCUGGUUGAUAAAGGCAUCACCAAAGAUUUUAUAUCAGAAGAUGCAAAAAUGUCUGAAAAUAUUCUCAUUCCAGAUAUUGCCGAUUCUUUUUCAGCUAUAUCUGUUACAAAGGAAGAGCGUGAUGAAGGUAUAGACAAUGUCAUGGCAUUGUCAACCACUGAACAAAUUUUGAAUAUCUGCAAAACAGCAGAUUUUCAGUUGCACAAUAAUUACACUUUCACUGUUCCUGAUUUAGGGUUAGAAACCCUUUCAUGUUCAGUGAAAGCAUUCUGGAGUUCCUUGUGGUCUGGUAAAUUAGAUGUUAUACUUGAACCAGAUGAAAAACCGACUUCCGUUUUUUCAGAAUACUCAUUUUCGUUGUUGGAGGACAUCAUUUCAGCUGAAAAAACAGAACUUAUUAUUUCUGUCAAUGAUUCUGACUGUUAUUAAUUGAAGAUUCAUCUUCAAAAGUAGAUAAAAUUCCUGCUACUUUGGAAGACUAAAGACUUUUUAAUAUUUUAAUAAAGUAAUAAAAGUUUUCUAUUAGUGAGCUAA